AUGGGUGCCAGAAAGCUCCUCACAGUCCCCUCCCAGUACAGCUUCUCGCAGCUUCACAGCCUCCCGCUCUCGCUCCGGCACUCGAUACGGCAAACGUACCAUGCGCACGAUUCCCUCUCGUCGAUCUCCUACACCCCCAGACUCGGUAAUGGUGUAUGCCGCGCAUUGUCAUACUCGUCCUCGACGUCAGCAUCCCCUCCUUCUUCGCAACACAUCGCCGCCGACCGGAUCGUGCGGCCUCUCGUGCCUCCGCCGCGCGAAGGCUCAGGCCCGCUUCUCGCCCGCCGUCCCGACCGCGCCUUGCCUGACCUGCCGCGGCCGAUCUCAGUCUGGCUCAAGACGCUGCCUGUGUUCAUCGUGCUCGUGACCAUCACCUCGCUCGCCAUCUUCAACUACGAAAAGUCCUCCUCGUCGACCAUCAACUCGAUCCUCUACGCCCUGCGCACCAGCGACCACGCCCGCGAGCUGCUGGGCGACGAAAUCUACUUCGCGAGCAAAGUGCCCUGGAUCAGCGGCGAAUUGUCGCCCAUGCAGGGCACGAUUGACAUCAGCUUUUGGGUCAAGGGGACAAAGGGGAAGGCAAAGACAAAGUUUGUCAGUGUGCGGCGAUCCCGGGGCGGGUAUUUCGAGACGUUGGAGUGGAGUUUACAAAUGGAGGAUGGAACCGUAGUCCAGUUAUUAGAGAAGGAGGGAACAAGAGAUCCCUUGGAGGGGCAGAGGUUUGAUUGA